CCGUCUUCUUUCUCUUAGCUGCUAUCACAGAACUGCUGCUGCCUUUUUCAUACCUCCUUCGCACGCAUCCUUCUCACUGCAACAUUGAACGAAAAACAAAGCAACCAACCAUGUUUACUUUUAGUACUGGAUUUUACCCCUUUAACUAUAUGGACUUCAUUGAAAGAUAAUAUAAAAAAGACCAAGAAUAAUGGCUUUAAUGUUCGGCGAUACAGCUACUGUCAUACUACUGGUAGCCAUCCAUGUAUAUUUGGUACAUAGCAGAUUUCUUUCCGAUUCUGCUUUCCUGAACGGUCGAUGCCCAAAGAAUAAAUUUGGUAUGUUCUGUAAGUCCAAAUGCCAUUGUAAGUCAUCUGCAUCAUGUGACACAGAUACAGGAGUAUGCCUCGGAACAGUAUGUGAAAACAGCUACAUGGGACCAAAUUGCCAACAAAGAAAAAUUAUGCCAAAAUAUAACCAGAAAAAUGAUAAGAAAUUAUCGGUUGUAUUUGAUGGAACCAUACAAAAUACCAAAGCUACUCAUUGUUAUCAUACACAGCACACAAUGGAUUCAACAGUAUCCAUGUGGGUUGGCAAGGUGAAAAUAAAAAGACUUGUGGUUUAUACACUCCAAUCAGAAAUAAAAUUAUUCCAGAAUUUUAAAGUAUAUGCUAGUGAUAGGAAAAAUAUUUCGAAUGGAACACUUCUCUAUGAAAAUUCACAUGCAAUUAACCCAAAUGGAAUUGUAGACAUAAAUUUCCCUCUGAGUAAAUAUGGGAAUAGACUGUUCAUUGUUUUACCAGGAAAUAAUCGCAAAUUAAAUCUUUGUGAAGUGUUAAUUGGUGGCGAUUGCAACAGUGGCUGGUUUUCUGAAAACUGCAGCAGAGAAUGUCACUGCAAGAGACUGACAAAAUGUAAUUCCACUAAUGGUGAUUGUAUUGGUGGUUGUAUUCCUGGGUGGAAAGGCAGCAACUGUUACACAAAAUGUUCAGAAAAAAAAUAUGGAGAAGAUUGUCAGCAAUCCUGUUCUUCUGGCUGUCUUGACAGUGUUUGCCAUCAUAUAACUGGUUAUUGCACAAAUGGCUGCCAACCAGGCUACAUCGGACAUCAAUGUGAUAGAGUCUGCUACCGCCAUACAUAUGGCAUUGGAUGUAAUAAAAAUUGCAGUGAGACAUGCAUUGACCAACUUUGUCAUCAUGAAACUGGAAAUUGUACAAAAGGCUGUUUGCCUGGUUUCAAAGAUAGCCACUGUCUGGCCAAAUGUAGCCGACAUACGUAUGGUUACCAGUGUGCUAGGAAAUGCAGUGCAAAUUGUCUUUAUCAAACCUGUAACCACAUAAAUGGACGUUGUAUUAAUGGAUGUAUACCAGGUUAUCAAGGACACUAUUGUAAUUCAACCUGCAGUAAUAACAAAUAUGGCUUCCGAUGUUUAAACAACUGCAGUAAAUUUUGUGUUGAUCAGGAAUGUAAUCAUAUCCAUGGACAUUGCACGAAAUAUUGUAAUCCUGGAUACCAGGGUCAACGAUGUGAUACCUCUUGUGAACAUCCAUUUUAUGGAAGUGGAUGCAUGACAGUAUGCAGUGAACACUGCGUAGAUGGAAAAUGUCACCAUGUCACUGGGUUUUGUAAUAAAGGUUGUGAACCUGGCUAUCUAAAUCCACUUUGCAUCACAGCAUGUCCUCGUACCUACUUUGGGCAAGAUUGUUCCAAGAAAUGUAACCACACUUGUUAUAACCAAACAUGCCAACAUUUCAAUGGAUCUUGUUUAGAAGGAUGUAUCCUAGGUUAUACAGGAACACAUUGUUCAAAAGUUAUUCAGAGUGGAGAACAAUCCCAGCUUGACAUGUUUCACAUCUUAACAGCAGCCCUUGUGGCAAAUAUCAUCAUCCUCAUAUUAUGUGUUUUGUGCUUCCGAUAUUUUCGUAGUCCAAAGACACAACCUCCAAAACUUCUUGCAGAACAAGCAUUUGCUAUGGGUACAGUUGAACAUGCUGAGGAAUCAGAUCAUUUGAUGUCGGAUCAAACAAAUGGAGGACUGAGAUUAACAGCAUCCCUGCAAUCUUCAUCAAACCAUGGUUUGCGUUUACAAUUUGGAAUUAUGGAGGUUCUAGAUGGCAGCAAUGCUGAUAUCCAGUGUGAGGAUGAAAUUAUUUAUAUGAAUGUUGGAGAAAAUGAUAUCAUUAUUCCUGAUUCCAUCCCAGUUGAUGAACUUCAGUCAUAUAUACAAAAUAAACGAAAUUUUGAAGGGGGUUUUGGUGCUGAAUACAGGAGAUUAUCCCAGAAUACUGAAGCAACCUGCAAAGCUGCCAAUCUGCAAGAAAAUAAGGCCAAAAAUAGAUAUAAAAAUAUUGUGGCAUAUGAUCAUUCACGAGUGAUUUUGGAGAAAUGCAAGGAUAGUGAUUCAGAUUAUAUCAAUGCUAAUUACAUCGAUGGUUUUAAUAAACCAAAGAAAUAUAUUGCUUCUCAAGGACCCACUUCAGCAAUCAUAGCGGACUUUUGGCAAAUGUUGUGGCAAGUAAAUUGCACCAAGUUAGUCAUGUUAACUAAUUUGAUUGAAACAGGCAAAACAAAAUGUGAAAAGUAUUGGCCAGAUAAAGAAGUGAAAAUUUCUGGAGAUUUAAAGAUUCGAUGUAUUCGAGAGCAAAACUUCAGUGAUUUUACCAUCAGGUCAUUCUUUUUGCAAAAGGGUGAAGAACCAGUGAGAAAGCUGGAUCAGUUUCACUUUACCUCAUGGUCAGAUCAUGGAGUUCCUCCAACUCCAACAGGAUUAGUUAAUUUCAUGAUGAAAAUUCGUAAUGAUUCUGAGGCAGAAACUGGACCUCUUGUGGUGCACUGCAGUGCUGGAAUUGGCAGGAGUGGCACAUUUAUUGCCCUAGAUUUCUUGAUGGAUGAAGCUUUACAUCAAGGUACCAUAGAUAUUUUUGGAUGUGUAAAUCGAAUGAGAAAAGCCAGACUGAAUAUGGUACAAAUUGAGGAUCAAUAUGAAUUCAUUUACUUUGCGCUUGUGGAAAGUAUAUUUUUACAGCAGACACAAGUAACCAUUGAGAAUUUCCCCAGUUUUUAUCAGAAGUUGAAUGAAGAAAAUGAGGAAAAUGUUUCUUGUAAAACUCUUCUGCAGCAACAUUUUCAGGAACUACAAGAACUCGAAUAUCCUCAUACAUCACAAGAAUUUUUAGAAACAGCAAAAUUGAAAAAUAAUUUGAAUAAAACGCGUGUGAAAAAUAUUCUUGCUAGUGACUUGUAUCGACCAUAUCUAAAGCCUGCACCUGAUGGCCAGCCACGAUAUAUCAAUGCGGUUUAUCUACCUAGUCAUGAAAAUCCCCGCAAUUAUAUAGCAACACAAAUGCCGAUGAAAGAAACAAUUGAAGACUUUUGGCAAAUGGUUUGUGAUAUCCAAAGUAGCACAAUUGUGAUGCUGAAUAGUGAUGAUUCUAUGGAUGAAACCUGCUGUAAAUAUUGGAAGGACGAUGGUGAAAUUGAGUUUGGACACAUUAUUGUCCAUAGCAGUAAGGCGGAAGAAAAGACAGACUUUAUGGAAAGAAUAUUGUUCAUACAAAAUUCAGAAACGGGAAAACAGUUGAGUGUGAAACAGUACCAAUACACAUCAUGGCCAGCUACAUCUGCAGUACCAAACAAUACUGUAUCCUUCUUACAUAUGAUUGAAGAAAUUAAACAACAUAUUCAACAAACACAGACAAAUCCAAAAGCACCUAUGGUUGUUCACUGCUUGAAUGGUGCCGAACGAAGUGGAUUGUUUUGUGUUGUAUUUUCUUCUCUGUUAUUAUUACAAAAAGAAAGAACUGUAAAUAUUCCAUAUAUUAUACGGACUAUGCAGUUACCCAGGCCACAGGUUCUUACAGAUUUGGACCAAUUUAAAUUUUGCUAUACAGCUGUCAUGGAAUAUAUUGACCGAUUCCAAGCUUAUGGGAAUGUAUAAAUGGACCAAAUUUGAAAAUGUCAUGCUUUAUGUACAUAAAUAGUUUCUGAUCUGAACUGUAUUAUUAUUUGUUAGGUAAGGGGACAAUUACUGAUGAAGUAGAAGACAAUGUCAAACUCCCAAUCUCUGAAAGAUAUUAUCAUUAUCAUUAUCAUCAUUAUUAUUAUUAUUAUUAUUAUUAUUAUUAUUAUUAUUAUUAUUAUCAUUGUUGUUUUUUAUUUCUAUCAUAAAAUAUAUUAUUUCCAUGACAUUUUUUAUUUGUCUAGUUUGCUUAACUCAUAUUAAAUUGGAUUAUUCUUUUUUGUUGUUAUUAUCAUCAGCAUUAUUAUUAUUAUUAUUAUUAUUAUUAUUACCAUCAUCAUCAUCAUCUAUUAUAAUCAUCCAUGCUGAGGUAUGAACAAUAUUUACAAUUUUAUAUUUUAUGUAGAGAAACCUGGAAAUGAAUGAAGUCAGUUUUAUUGUUAUUAGUUAGAACUGAUUUGAAGACCAGACUAACAAAAACAGUUUGAAAUCCUCCAUGUUUUUUUUUUUUUUUUUAAAUUUCAUUUCUUUGUAACACAGAAUAACACAUUUCACCAACAUAUAUUUGCUACUAUAUAUUAUUUUAUGGACUUAAUUAGUUCACAUUUACAGUUUCAGGGGAAGGGUCUUAAUCAUUUUUUAUAUCAAUUUCUUUUAUCAAAAUCACCAAAAUAUUAGCCAUAAUUCGUCUUUCCUAAAUUGGUCAUUUUCUAAACAUUCUUACACAUUUCUUCUUCUUUUUUCUCUUCCUCCUCCUCUUCUCCUUUCCUAUUCUUAUUCAUCUUCCUCUUUUAUUUGCAUUUAAUAUUCUGUGGUAUUUAGUUACAUUCCCUUUAUGUUGUGAGUUUGAAUCCCUCCAGGGUUGAUAAUAUAAGUACCAGCUAUGUACUUGGGAUGGUCAAUUUAAUCGACUAUACCCCACUCCCUUUUAAAUGUAUGUCUUUGGGUCAAGCUUAGAAAUCAUUUUCACAGUCAUUAUCAUAAUUAUUAUUAUUGUUGUUGUUAUUAUUAUUAUUAUUAUUAUUAUUAUUAUUGUUAUUAUUAUUAUUAUUAUUCACAGGUGCUAUUGAGCAACAGCAAAUUCUUUAUGGAGUGAGUCCAUGCAAAAUUGGGACCACUUCACAUUACCUUUCCAAUGUCUUCGAAAAAAGGCAUGAAUGUCCCCACUUCCUAUAUUCUUUUUCUAUAAAUAUAUGGCUUCAUGCCUAUGUUGCAAAUUUAUUAUCAUUAUUUCAUUUUUUUUUUCUCUUUUAUUUAUUUAUUUUUUGAGAGUGGCAGAAUUGCUAGAGCACCAGAACAAAAUGCCUUUCCAUAUUAGUGACAGCCUUUUACAUUUUGAGUUCAAAUCCCACCGAGGUCAACUUUGCCUUUAAUCUCUCCAGGGGUGGUCAAUAAAAUAAAGUACCCAGUAUAUAUCUCCCACCCUACCCCCUAAAAAGUUGCAUGGCAAUGUGCCAGUGUAAUAAAUCAUUAGUGUUGGAGCAUUGAACAAAAUGCUUUGGUAGCAUUUAGUUAUAACCCUUUAUGUUCUGAGUUCAAAUCGCAACAGGGCAAACUUUGCCUUACAUCCUUCCAAGGGUUCAAUAAAAUAAUGAAAUUGUAAUGGAGUUGAUGUAAUCAAACUGUAUCCCCCCGCUUCCUUACAAUUCAUGACCUCUUGCCUAUAUUAGGAAUCAUCAUUAUCAUCAUCAUCAUCAUCACCAUCAUCAUUGUUGUUGUUGUGUUCAUGUUGGUGAUGAAGGAACAGUCAUGUUCAUCUGAACGCAUCACAGCUUUGGUUUCACUGUUCUCAGUUUUCAUCUUUUGGAAUUAUUUUCAAUCUUGGUAAAGUCCUAGCAUUUCCCUGAAAAUGAUCCAACAUACUACUCCAUCCCUUUAGAAAAUAUUGGCCUUGUUAUCUCGCUCAAAGAAAUCAUCAUCAUCAUCAUCAUCAUCAUAAUCUUCAUUGCUAAAUCAUCAUCUUCUGGCAGAGUCAGUAGAGUGCUGAAGAAAAUGCCUUGUAGUGUUUAGUAAAGAUCCCUUUAAGAGUGCGAAUCCUGCCAGGGUUGACUUUGCCUUUCAUCCCUUUCGGAUGGAUAAAAUAAGUACCAGUGAAAUACUGGGAUUUAUAGAAGUUACCAAUAUACCUCUUCCUCCCGCUAAAAUGUGUGGCCUUGUGCUAUAUUUGGACUUUUUUUUGUCUUUUUGUUUUUUUCUUUUUCGUAGCUUAAUUGUAAAUUUCUCAUUGAGUCUGAUUAGUUGUGAGUGUGCACCAACGCUGGACAAUAAACCUGAUGGCUGUUGUAGUGCUUUGCUUCCAAUUACCUGCAGAGCCAUGUCCAGUAAGGCAGUCUUCUUCUCUAUGUUCUAUAGACUGACUUACCAACCUCGGCUGCUACAUUAAUGCUACAUUAGGCUUCAUGGAUACCUUCUGUAUUGUAAGAUUAAUAUCCAGGUGUUCUGUAGAAUGUCAACCUUAACCCUCCUAGUCAAGCUGAAUCAGUAAGAAUUCCAGAUAGAAGUGAGAUUACUUACUUGCUGCAUCUUUCACUGGUUUACAUGGAAGUCUCAGUUAGAAAUAAUAAUAAUUUUUCCAACUUUUUGCAUUCUGAGUUCAAAUCUUGCCAAGGUCAAAUAUGCCUUUCAUCCCUUGGGGUUGAUAAGAUAAAUUACAAAUAAUGUACUGGGGGCAAUAGUAUCAACUAAACCCCUCCCCUUGAUAUUGUUGACCUUGUGCAUAAAUCAGAAACCAUCAUCAUCAUCAUCAUCAUCAUCAUCAUCAUCAUCAUCAUCAUCAUUAUUAUUAUUAUUAUGCUAAAGAGUAAUUAAAUGGCAGAAACAGUUGUGCUAGACUAAAUGCUUUAUAGCAUUUAAUUGGAUUUCUUUAUGAUCUGAAUACAAAAUCCUGUUGAUGUCAACUUUGCCUUUCAUCCCUCCGGUGUACCAGUAAUAUACUGGAAUCAAAUUACAUGACUAUCGCUCCUUGUCUAAAAUGUGUGAUUUUGUUCCAAUGUAGUAAAUCAUCAUCAUUAUCAUCACCAUCAAUACUAUUAUUUUUUAUUAUUAUUAUUAGUAGUAGUAGUAGUAGUAGUAUCAUUAUUAUCAUCAUCAUCAUCGCCAUGGUCAUUACUAUUAUUAUUAUUAUUGGCAGAUACCACAGGGAGGGAGCUUUCUCAUACAUCUCUGGUGCUCUUAGGAAAUGGAUAAACAUCAAAUCAUUAUGACUCUUCAUUUCUUCUCUGGGUUUGUCCCUUUCAAGUUUCCUAUUAGUGUGAGAAAUUCUUCAGUGUAAUAGAGCUGGGCAAACAUGCAGGGCCACCCAGUAUUUAGUCUCUUUCCAAUUCAUUCUGUGAGUUUAAAUCCCAUUGGAGUUUGCUUUGCCUUUCAUUCCUCUGGUAUAAAUAAUAUAUUCACCCAGUAAUUAACUUGGGUAAAUUCUAACACUACCCCCCUCCGUUUUGAAAGAAUUGGUCAUGUGUUUAGUCAAAAGAAACCAUUAAAAGAUUUUAAAUAAAUGUUAAAAUGAUGUUUUGACAAUAUCUGCAGGCAUUGUUUUACUUCCAAUUAUGUCAGACAAUAUAUAGCUGUUCAGUUUGAAAGUAAAAUGUCAAGUAAUUUGAAAGUAAUAGCUGGUAAAAUUACAAGUCAGCUUCAAAAAUGUUUUUAAGAUAUAUGUGUAUAUAUAUAUAUAUAUAUAUAUAUAUAUAUAGCACAAACUUUAUAUGAAUAUUUAUUUCCAUAAAUUUUAUUUCUCUCUCAAAAACAAUUUUUCUUUCCUGAAAAAGGCCAUGGGAUAAAAACAAGUUUGAACAAUCUACAAACUUCUUUAGGUUUGGAAUUUUGACAAUUUUUACAUUUUCUUUUAAUGUAAAAAUGGAACUGCUAAAAAAUACUGGAUUUUUAUCAGCUUUCUGUAUUCUUUCUUUUUUAAUAACUUAAAGUGUCGAAUAAUAUACAUACAUAAAUACAAUACACACACACACAUAUAUACAUAUAUAUGUGUGUGUGUAUUUUUAUAGAAUAUAUAUGUUUAUGCAUACAUAUCUAUGUGUGUAUAUAUAUAUAUAUAUAUAUAUAUAUAUAUAUAUAUAUACACACACACACACACACAUAAAUAUACUUAUAAUUAAGCAUAUCAACUCAUAAUUAAACAGAUAUAUAAAUAAAAUAGAUGUAUAAGAAGCAUAAAUAAAAAUACAAAACAUGUAUAUUACAUGUAGACAUGUAAAAGGUAUAUAGAUAUAUAACACAUAAAUAGACAUGUUCUACCUACAGAAAUAUAACAAAUGAAAGACUGCUGUAUAGGAAACGUACAAAGAAUAAACAUAUGAGUAGACAUGUGAUGGUCAUAUGUAUGUACAUAUCAAUAUCCAUGUAAUACACAUGUAGAUGCAUAAUAGGCAUAAAUAUACAUACAUAUAUAUAUAUAUAUAUAUAUAUAUAUAUAUAUAUAUAUAUAUAUAUAUAUGUAUGAUAGACAUUUAAAUAAACAUGCAAUAUGCAUAUAAGUACUCUGGAUAAUUCUUCAUAUCUUAGCUAUUUACAGUCACUAAUUAUUGUUUCAAUUAUAUAAAUAUCAUGUUUUAUUGUAAGGCUUUAAUGAUCUUCACACUGUUUUAUUUUUGUUUUUAUCUUCUUUUUUUUUCUUAUUUUUUCUUUUUAGUUAUGCCUUUGCAAACAUCCCAUCUCAUUCCUUAAAUUCCUAUUCCUUUAUUCCAAAACCGCCUCUUUCUAUUCAGGAGGAGAUUAUUGUACAUAGCAUCUCUUUUAAUUCAGUCUAUUAUUAAGAUACAUAACUAGCUUGAAUUUUAAGUGUGCUGUUGAGAUUCUUUAAUCUGACCAGAAUAUAUCAAAUCUGAUAAACCUUUGCAUUAAGUGCCAACUUGAUUAUUAUGGUCCUAUGUAUUGCUUCAACUUCAUUAUUUGAGCUGAUCUUAUCAACUGCUGAUUUUCACCUCAUAAUUAAUAUCAUCUACUACUUUUUCAUUCAUAAUAUUCAUUUAUAUUUGUUUGUUUCAAAUUUCACUUCAUAAAAUAUUCAUCUUUAGCAUUUAAAUUACAAAGGUUAGGUGUACAGUGACUUCAAAGUUUUGAUUCCCUUGCCAUCAUCAGUCUUUUGAUGGUAAGCAAGCUGAAACUUCAAAGUCACUAUCAACUUUUUCCUUUUAAAAAUUAAUAAAUGUAUACUCUACAAAAAAGUAUUGAGUAAUCCCUCAGUUUAAUGUUAAAUGGUUUUUAUAUGUAACUUCUCAUAAAAACAAACAUUAAUAUGUGUGUGUAUUUAUAUAAAAUAUACACACACACAUAUAUAUAUUUGUAUAUAUGUGUGUGUGUGUAUACAUAUAUAUGUAUAUAAUAUAUACAUGUAUAUAUUAUAUAUAAUAUAUAUAUGUAUACUCUUGAUAUAAUAUAUAUAUAUAUAUAUAUAUAUAUAUUAUAAUUCUUAUAUGUGAAAAAUGCUUAUUCUUCCUGGGAAAAUUUAAUUUUACUGAAAACACAGUCACUUUUAUUUUGAAGAUUGUAGGAAUGAAAUUUUAUUUUCAUAUUUGAAAUAAAUCUAUGAAAUGGCUUGACACACUUUUCCUUUGUAAAUGUCACUGAAAAAUGCAGUUAAAUGGAAACUGUACAGAAACUUUUCUCUUUUAAGUUUGAAAAUACUUUUGCAGAAGUUUUCAUUUUGCCAUUGUACAAUGCAUAUUGAUGACUCAAUGAUUUUUCAGCUUUAAUAAAGACUUUUUUUUUUUACAUUGAAACAAAUCUGUAAUUAAUUGUAUUUAGAUAAUCAUUGCAGAAUUUAUAAUUAUUUAUUUUUAUUUUUAUAAUUUCUAUUAUUAUUAUUAUUAUUAUUAUUAUUAUUAUUAUUAUUAUUAUUAUUAAGGCGGUGAGCUGGCAGAAUUGUUUGGAUGCUGGGAAAAAUGCUUAGCAACAUUUCAUCCAUCAUUACGUUCUGAGUUCAAGUUCUGCCAAGGUUGACUUUGCCCUUCACCCUUUCAGAGUCAAUGAAAUAAGUAUGUUACGCACUCGGGUCAAUGUACUCAACUAGCCCCCCCCCCAAAAAAAAAUUUCAGGCCUUGUGCCUACAGCAGAAAGGAUUAUUAUUAUUAUUAUUAUUAUUAUUAUUAUUAUUAUUAUUAUUAUUACUACACACUUGUAUAUCUUCCACAAACAUUUUUUUAAUAUAUAUUGCUGCUUAAAUUGAUGUUAGUUGUAAACUCUGAGUUGAUACAACAUCUCUGAAUUCCUACAUAUUAUGCUGCUGAAAAUGUUUUUCAAGCUUUUAAUGAUUUUUUUUUUUUUUUUUAAAUUUUUUUUUUAUGUUCAAUAAAAAUGCAAUAAAAAUGAACAUUUGCUGAUGAAAUUUGCAACACAAUAUUAUUAUUUGUAAACUUAAGGGCUUUUUUAUAUCGAAAAUAUUUCAAUAAAUUUUACAUUGCUGAAUUUUUUAUAAUAUCCAUCAAUUCUAUAUAAUAAGUUUUUAUUUGAAUUUAUUUUCAUCAUUACAAUAUCUGUAUUGUUAACAUUUCUUCAGCUUCGGCUUCAGUUUUUUAUUUCUCUAUUAUUUGCCAUUAUCUUCACAUCACAAAUAAAUAUCAUGAACAUUGCUGUAUAAUAUUCUUGACCAUUUCACUUCCAUUUUAUUUCGACUAGCAGAAUCAACAGAAGUACCUACAUUUAAAUAUGAAAUAGAAGAACUUCUUAUCUAUAAGGGGCUCAAAGCAUGAGCUAGGCUGUAGUGGUGAAACAAACUGGAGAAAAAAAACAUAAGUCUGAGGGCAAAUUAUAAAUUUAUAUUGAAGGUA